AUGCCCAUGACUAAGAACAUCCAAGUUCUCAUCAACUACUACUGCGUGAUGGUCCUGACCGGGACACAUGUCGAUAAGACGGAAGUCCUACCGCCUCACCUGCAACCCGCACGCCGGUAUGCCAAUCUGCGCGACAUCGCGCUUGGAGCCAUCAUGCAGGACAAGGUCGAGUUCACCUCUUUAAUGGUCAUCAUGUCGUCUCGCAUGGUCCAUUUAUCCCGCAUAGCACUGACAGGCUUGGCACGACCGGAGUAUUACAUGCACCUGGCCCUCGCUGCCGUCAGAGAGAGAAUGCUGGAUUUCCAAGCCAGAGGCGUACCAGGCGAUAACAUCCUCGUUCACGGCAUGCACAGUCUUGCCUUGUCGGACUGGAUCUGCCAACGCUUCGAAGCCGCAUCGACGCAUGUCCGAGCCGUCAAGGUUCUCCUCCCUCUGCUGAACCUGAACGAUCCUCUAGACAUGCACAUCGCGCAAGGCAUCUUCAACAUCGACCAGAUGAUCGCCAUCGAGACCGGCUGGCUGCCGGAAUUUCCACUCACGACUGACCCGGGCCCCUUGGACGAGGCACGCAUGUCGCUCAUCCGCGAAGACCUCGAGGCCUUCAAGUCCGGUCGACGGGAGCCGGUCAUCUAUCCGCACAGCCCCGUCCCGAAUGCCAGCAGACUGAGCAACGCGAUGAUGAGCCACCAAGUCGACUUCCUGGCCGACGCGUCCACCAGCAUGGACUUCAGCUUGGGAUCUGGCUUCGAGCGCGCCCUCGAGGCCGAUGUCAUUCACCCGGAACUUGCAUCCAUCCUUUUCGACCUCCUCGACGUGCUCAGCGUGGCCAAAUUGGUCUGGCGCACGCCCACCGCGACCCGCGACGACGCAGAUUGGAUGUGCAAGCGUGCCCGAGCCAUCUGCCACCGCCUGCUCGCCGUGCCCAUACUGCUUCCAUUCCCAGAGACGUCAGCCCACGCAGCCAAGACCGAGGCACUGCGACUUGCGCUCUUACUGAUGGUGCUACGCUGCACGAACCGCAUGUCAUUCCGCGCCGCCCAGCCAAACAUGCGUCGCUUACAGCGUGCGUUGUCUCUGCACGGGAUUGGGACGAACUGGUCGGCGUCAGCACGGGCACCAGCAUCGACGUCGGCGCCAUCUGCAGAACACCCAGAGCGACCUCGCAGUUCAGGCCCAGACACAGACACAGACACCGAUACAUACACGGAUACAAAUAAAGGGGCAGACCCGUACGACGGGAACGCGCUCCUCCUCUGGAUCCUCAUGACCGGCCACUUCAGCGCCCAAGGUGAGCCCGAAGAAGAACUCUGGUUCCUCAUGCGAGCCGCGUACGUGGCAGAGCGGCACCUUGGCAUCAGCGACCUGGACGGACUGAGGAGCGUGAUGGGCGAGUACUUGUAUUCCAGGACACAGCAGGAGAGAAGUCUCAUUGUUGUGAGCUUGCAUUUGUCGGGUUCGGGUUCGGGGUCGAGGUCGACUAGAGCACGCGAGUGUAUGAGUGUAUGA